UUCUCUGAAUAUCUAAGCCGCAAUGUAGUUCGUGAACCACAAAAAAGAUCAGAAUCCUUUGCACGUCUCUGUCAUAAACAACUAUUACUACUUGUGAAGCAUACAAAAAAGACCGACCCUAAUUUAUACACGCACACAUAUUAACAUAUACACUACAUAUCAUAUCAGAUAUAUAAGGAGGGUUUAAGAAUUCUUCUAUUUCUUCUCUCUCUCGGCCAACAACCACAUCGACAAUGGCUUCUCUUCUUACGAAGCCUAAGCCCGUUUUCCUCUGUUCUUCUCCACGAACUCUACACGCGUCAACACCGUCAUUGAGUUUCAGCAGAAUCUCAUUCACCCACCAUCAAAAGCUUGCUCCUUUCAAGCUUCCUAGCCUCGUUGUCGCAUUCUCUGAAAAGGGUCUGAAGAGAGAUGUCUCCGCUGGAGCUGCAGCAACGGAGGGUGAUUACAGGAGGAUUAUGCUGUCAGAUGUGUUGGUGAAGAAGAAGGAGAAAGUACAUUGGUGGGAGAGAGAAUGGAAAGCUAUGGAUUUUGGAGCUGUCGCUGUGGUUUUGUCUAUGCAUUUGCUUAGUCUCUUGGCUCCGUUUCAGUUCAAUUGGAGAGCUGUUUCCGUUGCUUUUGGGCUUUAUAUCGUUACAGGUCUUCUGGGUAUUACUCUGUCUUUUCAUAGGAAUCUUUCACACAAAGCCUUCAAGCUUCCCAAAUGGCUUGAGUACUUGUUUGCUUAUUGUGGAGCACAAGCUCUUCAGGGGAACCCAAUUGAUUGGGUGAGUACACAUAGGUACCAUCAUCAGUUCUGUGAUUCAGACAGAGAUCCUCAUAGCCCACUUGAUGGAUUUUGGUUCAGUCACAUGAAUUGGAUGUUUGAUACCAAUACAAUCACUAAAAGGUGUGGAGAGCCUAAUAACGUUGCGGAUUUGGAGAAGCAGCCAUUUUAUCAAUUCCUUCGAGACACGUACAUUUUUCAUCCCGUGGCUCUAGCGGUUGCUCUAUAUGCAAUGGGUGGCUUUCCAUUCAUUGUUUGGGGAAUGGGUGUAAGAAUAGUAUGGGUAUAUCAUAUAACUUGGCUAGUAAACUCAGCUUGUCAUGUAUGGGGGAAACAAGCAUGGAACACCGGCGAUUUGUCUAAGAACAACUGGUGGGUAGCAGCUCUAGCAUUCGGGGAAGGAUGGCACAACAAUCACCAUGCUUUUGAGUUCUCAGCUCGACACGGUCUAGAAUGGUGGCAACUUGAUAUGACUUGGUAUGUCGUUAGGUUUCUACAAGCCCUCGGUUUAGCAACUGAUGUCAAGCUCCCAUCGGAAGCUCAGAAACAAAGAAUGGCAUUGACCAGCGACUGAUCUUGAAACUACGGAGUUAGAACUGUCGGUACUAUGAAGAUUAAGAAAAAAGGGUUUUGUGCUUCUUUUUUUCGUGUUUACAUUAAGGUAUAUAAAUAUAUAUAUAUAUAUAUAUAUCUGUGCAAGAGAUUGUAUGUGACAAACUGAUAAUGAAUUUGAAAUAUCUAUAAUUACAUA